AUGAUUGUUUCGUUCUGGUACUCAUUUAUCCAUCCCGAUCUCAACAAUCAGGUUGGACGUGUUGUUGAUGCUCCCCAAGAUUUCUAUAGCAGUCGUAUGACCAAGAAAGAAAGAAAGCGGACGAUGUUGGACGAAUUGCUUAAUGAUCAGCGGCUUACGCAGUCAAAAAGAGAAAAGAUGUUCAUGGUUGUUAUCGCUUUGCUGCCUAAGUACAAAAGAGUUUUAACUCUUCAUCAACGCCUCGAGCAAUGA